AGUUACAGCUUCCGCUAGCUUCGAAGGAGGUUCUUGCUUCAGCAGUGAUUGAACGGAACGUCUUUCUCGCGAAAUUUCAGGCUAAACAUUCAGUUUUAGUAUUUAUUUAUUUUUAUACUUGACUUUUGAUAAGAAAACCAGCUGAAAUGGAGUCUCAGAUUCGUCAGAAUUACCACCGCGACCUGGAGGCCGCCAUCAACAAGAUGAUGAACAUGGAGCUGUACGCUUCAUACACCUACACUUCCAUGGCCUUCUACUUCUCCCGGGAUGAUGUGGCCCUCAACGGCUUUGCUCACUUCUUCAAGGAGAACAGCCAUGAGGAGACCGAGCAUGCUGAGAAGUUCAUGUCCUUCCAGAACAAAAGAGGAGGACGCAUCUUCCUCCAGGAUGUCAAGAAACCUGAGCGUGAUGAGUGGGGAACUGGACUGGAGGCCAUGCAGUGUGCUCUGCAGCUGGAGAAAAAUGUGAACCAGGCUCUGUUGGACCUGCACAAGCUUGCCUCUGAGAAGGUCGAUCCUCAUCUCUGUGACUUCCUGGAGUCUAACUACUUGAAUGAGCAGGUGGAGGCCAUCAAGAAGCUGGGUGACCACAUCACCAACCUCAGCAAGAUGGACGCUGGCAACAACAGGAUGGCCGAGUACCUGUUCGACAAGCACACCCUGGGUGGUGGACAGAGCUAAAUCUAACUUGACAAUAAGACGCAGCACACCCAAGUGUGUUGAUUGGAAACUUGUUUUGAGUUGGUGUUUGUGCUGUUGAUUAUAAGCAUGUGAUGGAUUUAAAAUCUGAUGAAUAAACAUUUCAAGCUGAAA